GCAGCAGUAUGGAUCCAAGCCUGUUGAGAGAACGGGAGCUGUUCAAAAAACGAGCGCUUUCCACUCCAGUAGUAGAAAAACGUUCAGUGUCUGAGUCAUCAGCAUCAUCCUCAAAAAAGAAGAAAGCAAAGGUAGAACAUGGAGGAUCAUCAAGCACUAAGCAAAAUUCUGAUCACAGCAACGGCUCCUUUAACUUGAAAGCCCUGUCCGGAAGCUCCGGGUACAAGUUCGGCGUCCUUGCCAAGAUUGUGAACUACAUGAAGACUCGGCAUCAGCGAGGAGAUACGCAUCCUCUAACUUUAGAAGAAAUUUUGGAUGAAACACAGCAUUUAGAUAUUGGACUGAAGCAAAAACAGUGGCUGAUGACUGAGGCAUUGGUCAACAACCCCAAAAUUGAAGUGGUCGACGGGAAGUACGCCUUCAAGCCCAAGUACAACCUGAAGGACAAGAAGGCCCUGCUCAGGCUUCUGGACAAGCAUGACCAGCGAGGCCUUGGAGGGAUCCUUCUGGAAGACAUAGAAGAAGGACUGCCCAACUCCCAGAAAGCUGUCAAGGCUUUAGGGGACCAGAUAUUAUUUGUGAAUCGACCUGAUAAGAAGAAAAUACUUUUUUUCAAUGAUAAGAGCUGUCAGUUUUCUGUGGAUGAAGAGUUUCAGAAGCUGUGGAGGAGCGUCACUGUGGACUCCAUGGACGAGGAGAAGAUUGAGGAGUAUCUGAAGCGACAGGGUAUUUCUUCCAUGCAGGAGUCUGGACCAAAGAAAGUGGCCCCUAUUCAGAGAAGGAAGAAGCCAGCGUCCCAGAAGAAGCGGCGGUUCAAGACACACAACGAGCACCUGGCCGGGGUGCUGAAGGACUACUCCGACGUCGCUCCUGGCAAGUAGGGCCUCGCCACACACGGGGUCAGGCCCUUGCAGAUCCGGGGUCUGCAGACCGGCGUCUCUUCACUCUGCAUCAGAGGCCCAAGGCGGGACCGUUCCCGGCAAGUGCCGAGCCCCCACACUCGGGGCUCCUGGUGACCCAGUGAGCUCCAGGAGACCUGCGGCCCCCACCUCACGACGCCCCGGGAGAGGGUGCCGUUAUGUGAGCGCUGUGUCAUGGUCCUGGGAGCAGCGCUUGUUGAGCCUGGAAGGACGCAUCUAUAAUAAAGUCACUGCAGGCGCU